AUUGCCUCUGUCUUAUUUUUCAUUUCAACGUCCCCGUAUCUUCACUACUAUACAGCAGCAUGAGGGCAAUAGCGGCGUCGACGUUUCUUUUCGUUGGGAUUUUCUACAAUGCAAUAUAUAAAACCCAAGGCGGUAUUUCUGUGACGACACUAAACGCCCUGGCAGACUGUACCAGUGCAAGCGACGACCUGGGGAUAGUCUGCACCGAGGGAUCGUUGUGCGCCUUCACCCCGUGGACAUUGUUCGCCCCGAGCUUUAAGACCUGCGUGUGUCUACCGGGCCUCUACCCUGUCAGGGUCCCCGACGCCGAGCUGGUGGUUUGUGCCCCAGUAACUGGAACGACGUGCACGACUGACCAGGACUGCUUACUGCAGACUGCGGACUGCUCAGGUGUGAUAGGGGCACUAAUAGGUAGCGGCUUUACGGACAGGUCACUUCUCCUCCUUCUUUCACAGGUGUCCUUAAUUAUUUGCUCGUCGACGUUUCCUUCCGAGGUAAGCAAUAACGUCACCCUGGGGGACGGCUUCCCCGUGGCCUAUUCCCUGGUCUACCAAAUGUAUCCUCUACACAGGUGCGAUGAAGUGUCCGGACAGUGUGUCCUGCCCACUACAGGUCCACAGCAGGUUCCGACCAUAGAUUUCCUCCUCUACGUGACCGGGUCCAAUUUGAUCACGGCUUCGGAGGUGUUCAACCUGAGCAUUCAACAAAUCUUUAACCAACUUGGCUUCACCGUAAGCCUCCCUUGAGACCCCGGGGACCCAGACUCCUGGUUGUCAUGACGACCACGCACAGCUUUGUAUUCGGUCUGUUCUCUAAGACUUUCAGAAUAAACAGUGCGUUGAGGGAAAGUUUUAUUUCAAAAUAGUUAAUUAAUUGAUUUAUUCAUUUAUUGCUUAACGGGACUUGGUAAUACCCUAAACACAAAUGAAGUAUGGUUUUUCUGGAAACAAAAACAAAGACUAUCGAGAUAUGACUGUGCACUCUUUGACUUUAUUUUAUUUAUUUUUUUGAUAAGUUAUUAAUUCAUCUUUUUAUUUUUUUCAUGUAUUUAUGUCGAUUUUUAUUUCUCGUCUUCUUUUGACAUUAUUUAGACACAGAACUGAUUUUGUUGCAGCUUCAUCCGAACGCGGUACAUAUAGUAAUUUAGAUUAUUAUUUAUCUUAAGAUCGUCUUUUAGACACCCACGAGAGCCUUAGUAUCACAACUGUUUUUGUCUCCAGUGUAGCAUUUUUACCUUCUGUCCUAGCUGAAAUGCGUAGUGACCAAGGCUUAGUACUCAGCUUUCAUGCAAACAUGAUAAAUAUUUUAUUCAUUCAUAUAUUUAUCUAUUUAUUUGCAUUUUGUGUUGCUCUGCGUCUGUAUUCAUUUUUCACGAUUAUUGCACACCACGUGCGUACGCUUAAUGACGCUGUAUAGUAAUAAUAUAUCUUGAGAAAAUAGAAAUGCUUUUAAGAUUGUGUGUAAGUACAACAUGUGCAUUUCCGCUGAAUUUUACAUUUUCUGCUGACAGUAUUAACGUGUAAGGUAAAGGGGGGUUAAGAAAAUACCAUUUUACGACUUUACAAGGAAGUCUACAACAUAUCAUUAAAGGGAUUAAGUGAAAACAGCGCAUUACAUAUGCUUUUUUACUGCACUGAAACUAAUUUCGAUUAUAUUUUCACACAUGAACACAGGAGGAAAUCAUUUUUAAUGUCAGCACGUUUUACCAAGUUCACCUAAGAUUGUGGUCACUGUGUGGUCUGAAAGAUAGAUCUUUAACUAUAUCUCGGGUAGGUGUAUUAUUAUGCCAUUUGCCUUACUUUUCGAUAAGUAUAAUAAUGGACUACAAAUACUUGCGAGUCAUACUUGUCAGGGUACUUGUGGUACUUGU